AUGGAUGAUACAAGUUCUAUGAUAAAGCACCAGAAAUCGUGCCAAACAUCUAACAAAAAUAAUCAAACUGAAUAUUUUACCAUUAAAACAUAUUUUCGUCCUAAAAUAUCUUCAUCCAUACCACGAACAAUAAAACAAAAAAUUACAAAUGCAGCUGUUGAAUUAGUUUCUUUGAAUAACCGUGCAUUUGAACUCAUUUCUGGAGAUGGAUUCAUCAAUUUUGCACAAACUGUACUUGAUGUUGGACAAAAUUUAUCUAAUAAACAAAAUCUUAAUAUUGUGGAUUUACUUCCGCAUCCAACAACUGUAAGUGUUGGUUUUUGUGGCAUUGGACUUUUCCAUUUGAAUGACAACUUACAAUUAUAUGUUUUUAUAUUGGGGUGUUAUUUUUAUGAUCGAGACAAUCAAUCUUCAAAUCAAAUUCAACAAUUCGUUGAUUCUAAAUUAAUGGAAUAUCAUUUGACAUUAGAUGAUAGUAAAUUUGUAGUUUGUGACAAUGAAAACAAGAUGAAAUCUAGCUUCAAAGAUUUAUGUACAAGAGUUGGUUGUUCCAUACAUUAUCUGAAUAAACAACUACAACAUUGUUUUACUACUGAUAUAAUAGAUAAGAUGCCUGUUGAUUGUGAUAUUGUCCAACGAAUGUUCAAUAGUAUUCGACAAAUUGUAUCUCACAUGCGACGAUCGCACAAACAGUCCAAAUUAUCUCGAAAACUUCAAUCAUACUCUGAUAGUCGAUUUAAUAGUGCUUUAUAUACUAUGGAUGUUUUUUUAAUUGUAUUUGAUGAAUUAGCUAGUGUAUUAGAACGAACUUAUAUGAACGAUUAUAUUUUGAUUGAUAAGGGUUUACUUGCAUCUGUGUGUUUAUUUUUAAAACCAUUCGAACAAGCAAUCGAACAGUUUAGUUGUGAUACAAAACCAACAGUUUAUAAAGUAUUACCAUUAAGACAAUAUUAA